AUGCUUUGUGCCAAAGAUAAGGUGAAGGGUGAGGGAGUGGUGGAUCAACGUGGCCGAUAUACGCGCAAAUAUCCUAAGCCCCGAAAUGCAAAGAAAAAAGCUAUGGAAAAAGCCAUUUGGAUGCCUGAAAAGUCGGCAAGAAAAGUUCUUCAACAGACUCAAGCACCUCCCAACCCACCGGCGAGUAGGCCACCCACCAAACCACCCACCAAACCAUCUACCAAACCACCCACCAAAGCGAAACGACCAGCGCCAAGUGCGGUUGCUCAGAUUGACCAGGAGCGUCAGCGUACCUUUGUGAACGAGGAAUCGGAUGAUGGGUAUGGUUCUAGUGGCCAUGCUGCCCGUCCUAAGAAACUCUGUCGCACUUAUGCGAUGCGCGAUGUGACUGCGAUGUUCGACUCCGACGAAGAUCUUGAGGACAAGCCACCAAAUGGCAUUGAUACUGAUGCCGACUGCGAGGAGAGUGAGGGCGAAGAACCAGAGGCCACUGCCUUGAUGCUCUCAGACGAGAUGCCUUCGCUUGUUCAAUCACGUGGCAACUCCUUGAAGCAAUCCGCCAGAGAGCGAAAGCAAGCCGAGGAGACUCCAAUGUGGCGCGAUGUCGACAACGCUGUCUCAGAGUCAGUUGAAGAAUCCACUACUCGUGGUGACUCCUUGGAACCUCCCUCCAGCGACAUUGAAGUUGUCCAGAAGGUCACCUCUGCAGCUUCUCUCGUUCGAACGGAGAAAGGAAACGUCAAACUACUCGAUCAGAACCUGGAGACUCGGCGAGUAGUCCGGGAUGCCAUUAUUGACGCUAAAGGUCACAUCAUCUUCGUCAAUGCUUACCCUGAGCUCGUCGACAAAAACCAGGUAUCACUCCAGUCUUUGCUAAUGGUGGCCGAGAAUCGCGGCAUAAAAGCCAUCAAAAAACGCCUUCAAACAGAUGCUCAGUAUGCUGCUCUCCUUGGUAGCUUGGUCGAGCCCCGGAUCCCAUUAUUGCGGCGUGAUCUGAAAGUCGCUGCAUGUGCGAACAUCGAUAGCUACUUCCGUCUCAGCAACAACAUAGUCAAGGCAAAAAAACUCAUGGAGCAGCACGCAUAUGUAUAUGCCUUGAGGUUUGAUUCCAACGACGAUGCUUUGCCCAUAGGGAAAAAGCCCUACCAGGGUGAACUACUGAUUUUUCUGUUACACGACGGUGUCUUCAAUGGUGCGAAGUCCAUCGGCGUCAGAUUUUCGGCGCGUUUUGUCGAAAUUGCGAGAAACAAGGCCAAACGCCCCGAAGUCCCCAUUCCAUUGCUGGCGCUGGCGGCAACAGCAAUCUACGCGGCCCUUUUCUGGAAGACGCUUGGUUCACCGGGAAAGUUUAACUUUACCGGGAAUCAAUUCAGUGAAACUUAUGUUUUCCAUGUCAACUUUCUCGAGGGUUUGAAGAAGGACGCACCUGGAAAGUUUCACUGUAUGAUGGCUGACAUUUUCGAAGCUGUACAGGCUUUGAAACAGAAGGGCAAUGAUCAUCUCGCCAGUGAGCAUCGAAAUGCUCUGUCGCUACUCGACUUGGAUGGCAUGGCCGAUGAUUAGGUUCUGUAGUCACGGUGCUGAUCCAUUCCUGUAUAUUGUGCAUUCAUUAGUGAUUGUACCGAAAUUCCUCAUACCCUCGUCGUCAGC